AGAAUAGAAAUGAUUUUUGAAAAACAAAAAGAAGGUGGAUGUUCCUGGAACAAUACUACAGAGAAGAGUGAUUUUGAGGCUGUAGAAGCCCUUAUGUCUAUGAGCUGCAGUUGGAAAUCUGAUUUCAAGAAAUACACUGAAAUUAGACCAAUCACACCAGCAUCUGAUGUGUCAGAAGAAACCGAAGAGGGCUUGCUACCUGGCACAUCUGAUUUCCAUACGAUACCAGCAUUUUGUUUGACUCCACCCUAUAGUCCUUCAGACUUUGAGGCCUCCCAAGUACCCAAUUCAGUGGUGCCAGCGCCAUCUACUGGACACUUCAAAUCAUUUGCAGACACUUCAAAGACUCUGGUUGCAGCCACUUUUAAAGAGAAUGAUCAGGGCCUCUUACCAGCCCCAAGACCUUUGAAAGCUCAGGCCACAAGUGUAAUCCGACAUACAGCUGAUGCGCAGUUAUGCAAUCACAGAACCUGCCCCGUGAAAGCAGCCAGUAUGUUAAAAUAUCAGGACAAUGUUUUUAAAAGAAGAACUCACCUAAGCGCUGAGACCACGAGGAAAAAUGUACCUUGUGCAGCUGUGUCACCAAACAGAUCCAAAUGUGAGAGCAUCACAGUAACACAUGUGGAAGAAAAAGCAGGUGCUGCUUUUAAUGACUUUUCAGUGCCUUCUUCAGAGACUGUUAUCUGUAGCCCUCAGCAACUUCCUGCAUCCCCCAAACAAAAGUCAGUAUUGGUCCCACCACGUGCUCCGUCAGCAAGUGGAGUUCCUCCCAUGCCAGUCAUUUGCCAGAUGGUUCCCCAGAUGGUCCCCCUCCCUACAAACAACCCUGUUGUAACAGCAGUUGUCCCCAACACUCCACCUAGUCAACAACCAGCCCUUUGCCAGCCUGUUGUGUUCAUGGGAACCCAAGUCCCUAAGGGUGCUGUUAUGUUUGUUGUGCCGCAGUCUGUGGUCCAGAACCCUAAACCUCCGGUGAUGAGCCCAAAUGGCACCAGACUGUCUCCCAUUGCUCCUGCUCCAGGUUUUGCCCCUUCUGCAACAAAAGCUACAGCACAGAUUGAUUCGCUGAGAAUAAGAAGCCACAUUUGCAGUCACCCAGGAUGUGGAAAGACUUAUUUUAAAAGUUCUCACUUGAAAGCCCACAUGAGAACACAUACAGGAGAGAAACCUUUUAGCUGUAGCUGGAAAGGUUGCGAGAGGAAAUUUGCCCGCUCAGAUGAACUCUCUCGACAUCGAAGAACACACACGGGUGAGAAGAAGUUUGCCUGUCCGAUGUGUGAUCGGCGGUUCAUGAGAAGUGACCAUUUGACCAAACAUGCCCGUCGCCAUUUGUCAGCAAAGAAGCUCCCAAAUUGGCAGAUGGAAGUGAGCAAGUUGAAUGACAUUGCUUCUCCCCCAACACCUGCUACUGCACAGUGAAGUGUAAUAAUACCCGAAAACAGACAUCAGAACUAAUGUUGGUCGCAGCCACAAUCAGCAGUGAUGUAAAAGUGCUUCCACCCUGGCUCUGGGGUGCUUCGGUGCCCUUUGGGGGUGGGGCUACAGUGGCCUCUGGGGAAGGCCCACUCUGGGUUAGAGAUGACAAGAAGCAGCGAUACGGGCAGAAAGGGGGCCGGUCACUAACAGAAGGGCAGAUUCCAUUUGCACAUGAGGAAGAAGAGUCUUUACUUCUUUUGAAGGUUUCAGCUCGGGACAACACAGGCAGCACAGGUUUUGGAAUUGGUGUGCAUAAUUUGUUAGCACAUUUGCUCUUACUUGAGACCAACUUUCAGUGGCAUCCGUUUAAAAUAUUUGGUUUUGAGAGAGCAUAGACAGGAUAGAAAAACGGUACUGAAGUAGACAUGUAACAUUGGUUUGCAUUAAUUACUACGAAUAUUGUCAUCUUUUCCUAGCUAAGUGAUUAUCUUGUUUCUUCAUAUCUCUAUAGUUAGUGAAUGCAGUUGUCAACUAUAUUGGCAGUUUUCCACAACUGUCCGUAUUUGGAAUUGAGUAAAAUGAGAUGAGCCAUUUGUGGCUGGAGAGGACCAACAAAAUUGGAAUCCUCACAAAUUUAAUUACUUUGAUGUAUAGCUCCUUGGUUUUUACUUUUUUGUUUUCAAUCACGAAGUUAAAACAAAUAACUAUUCAAGCAUCUCAUGAUGCUUUAAAAUUUUAGUUUGCCUGCAGUUUCCAAGUGUAGUUUUGAAAAUUGUAUACCAAUGUGUUUUCUGUAAAGUCUGAGAUACACUGCACUUUGUUUAAAAAAAAAAAAACCUGAAGAUUAAAAAAUCUUGCAGUUUUAAGAAGGGACAUCAAGAAUAAGUUACUCUUUGAAAGAUGGUUCUAUUAUAGGUAAAAUAUCCUUAUGUAAUAAGGAUACGAUGUGUGUUGUUUUGAACUAGAAAGUUAGUGGGGGUUUUAUUGUUUUUUAAGUUCAUGAAAGGACAGUAAAAAAGUCAGUCCUAUUUAUAAAGACUUUUUAGGGUAGAGGGGAGGUGGGAAUAAUUAGUACAGAAUUUCGUUAACAGUAUUUCUAUUAUAUCCUGUUGUAUCGUGGAAGUUAUACACAGUAGAGCAAAGUGAACUGUUUGGCAUAUACAAUGAAAUUUUCAUUAUAUUGUUCCUUCAUUUAACAUUUUUCUAUGUAUCAGGUUUAAUUUUUAAGCAUUCAGGUAAAGGCCAAAAAGCAAUAUUACCUCUUCAAAUUUUUUCUUCUUACUAACAAUUUCAAAACUUGGCCCCAUGGGAAACAUUAUAGAGAAGUUUCGUUGUAAUGUCAAAAACAUUCUUGUGACUACUUUUAAGAUUUGCACAAUAUUUCUUAUGUUGUACUUUAUAUCUUGUUUACAAUAAAUAAUUUCCUUUGCUAUA